UCAACGUGCGUCGCCCAUCUUAAUUACAUAUACUCUUUGGCUGUGGCUUUGGGUUUCCCGCUUUCUUCCGCUUUCCGAUCUCAUGAAAGCAAUCGUUGGUUUAGGGUUAGGUGUCGAGUUAACCAUUUUUGAGGUUAUAAAUUAACGUCUCAUCAGAUUACGGACAUGCGGAUCUGAGCGAUGGCAUGGAAGCGGAAAAGAGACAGCAAUACUAAGUGACCGAGAGAUUGAGUAUAUAGUAAAUGUUGUGUACUUGUAUCUCACCAGCUUCAAAUUCAAUAAGUACAAAAAAGAAGGAUGAAUAACGUACAUCAUUCGUCUUUAACGGUUGCUGCCAUUGGCGCAGCAAUUGGUGUUAUCGGAGCCGUUAGUAUGCUGCUCUAUCAGAAAGUUGUAAAACAUAAUCAACGAGUCGGAGUUAGACAGGAUUUAGCUGUUAUGAACCAAAAAAUUAUAGCGUUGGAGGAGGACUUGAAAUUGUUAAGGCAACAAAGUCAACUGCAUGGCAAGAAACGGAGAUCUCGUAAACAAGUCUCGAACGAGGAAGCCACAUACACAGGUGCGGAUAAUGAAGUUGACGUCGAUGGAUCUUCCAUCGCAGGAACCGAUUUCAAUGAUGACGAGUUCUUUGAUUUUUCUGAUGUUGAAGAGAGUGCGGGGGACAGUGACAGUCGGGCCUCCGAAGCAAUAAGUGAAUUGUGUACGUUGCUUGUCAAAAUGGAGGACGAGCACGAGGAUAAAGAAAGCUAUCUAAAGGAUGUCCAUUCGCAGCUGCAAGAAAUAGCUCUUUCCCAUCCCGAUAAUGCAGAAAUUGCAUGGAGAAUUGCAAAACUUUAUUAUAUCUGUUCGAAUAACACUGAAGAUGCCGAACUGACAGAGGUCUACAUCCUGGCAGGUCUCAAAGCAUGUGAGAAGAUGCUUGACACGCGUAACGCGGAUUUGAUCAAGUGGUAUGCCAUCCUUGUGGGAUCUCACGCCAAGAUACUUCCUAUAAAAGACCAAAUUGAGGCUGGAUAUCGCUUCAAGGAGUACGUAUCAAAAGCUUUGGAGUUGAAUCCUACGGAUGCAUUGCUUCAUCAUAUGUUGGGAAGGUUUAAGUUCGAAGUGGCCGACCUUUCAUGGUUUAAAAGGAAGGUCGCUGCAGCCUUGUUCGCAGAGCCUCCUAGUGCUACGUACGAAGAAGCCAUCGAUCACUUCAAAAAAGCUGAGGAGCUGGCUACGCAGCCACAUCUGGAGAACAUGCUUUUCCUAGGAAAGGCCUAUAUGGCAAUAAAUCAACCCUCCGAUGCAAUUGAAUUGCUGAAAAAACUCUGCAGUCUCCCUGCCUUAACGAAAGAGGAUAAGGCUAUACAAUCAGAAGCUGGGAUGCUUCUUUAGAAGCACCUCUAGCUGGGAGACGAAGGCAUCGUCACUUCAAGACCUAUUCCACUUUCCUGUACUGCGCGCAGGGAAAUCCUCGUUCUCGGACACUCGUGGUAUCCAACAGUGAAGGAAACAUAAAAGUGAAUAGAUAAAAAUAAAUAAUCGUCCCUUGGAACACAUCGAGGGAACUCUCUGAACUCUCAGGACUCCGUUGCAAAAUGUUAAUAAUCGUUAGGGAUAUAAUCGCUGCGUUUCUGUCGAGGUGCUUCAUCUUGAAGAAUCUACAACUGAUGUCUAGUUCGCAACUAUUGAACGUAACUAUGGUGUAUUUCAGACUAGCGAGAUUAGUGUCCCCAACUGUACACCGAAGGGGGGAGCCUUCGUAAAUGUAAACUUGUAAACUGUCCAAUCAUUGUUAACUCAAAAUUCGUAUACCUUCCAUGUCGAGGCUCCGUAAUGACUCACUUAUUAAUCUUCUCUUUGCAGAAUUAGAUUUGUUAAUUUUAUAUCUCGACUUUCCUGAACGCCACGACAUCGAUGUACGUAGGGGAAUAAUUAGGUGCAAGUAGAUAGAAAUUCUCGUACCCUGUGAGGGCAUAAUUGUAUGUACGACUUAUGAGAUAUGGCGUCUUUAAUUCGUCCGGGGUCGGUAAAUGUUAUUUUUUUUUGUCUCGCUUUUAAAGAAUUGACUACGCGUCUGGUCGUCACCCUUGUUUCGGAGUGGACGUAUAGUGGAUCAUAUUGCGUAUUAUUCCAUUUUGUAUGACACGAUCGUUAAUAUACGUGCUACGUGGGCUUUGUAACUUAUUA